AUGUUAAUCUUUGCAGGUAUAGAUACUACUAGUAAUCUAUUUGGAGCAUGCUGUUAUGCUUUGUCUAUCCAUCCUGAAUGGUAAAUAAAAUUGAGAGAGGAAGUUCAAAAGCAAUAUUCUACUUAUGAGCAGUUAAACAGCGAUAACAUUAAUGUAUCCAAUUAAAUCACCAAUUUCAUCAAUGAGUGUAUGAGAAUGUAUACUCCAGUUCCAUAUUUUAUCGAGAGGGAAGUGAAGUAGGAUCAUAAGGUUGGGGAUUACUUUUUGAAGAAGAACUCAGAAGUAUCAUUAUGUUUGUUCCCAAAUAACUAUGAUUCUAAGAAUUACAAAGAUCCUUUCACUUUCAAUCCUGAUAGAUGGAAUCAAUAAGGUAUUGAUCCAUUUGUCUUCUUGCCAUUUUCAAUUGGAAAAAGAAAUUGCAUAGGUUAACACAUGGCUUUGAUGGAAUUAAAGUGUUUAUUGGUUUAUUUGCUGAUGAAUUUUGAGGUGAAUUCAGUAGGUGAAAAACAAGUUUGGACUUUUAAAUUUGUGUAUACAAUUCAAAAUGAGAAAUUCAUCAAAUUGAAAAGAAUUGGAAAAUGA